CUCUCCUAGUGUUUUGCUGUUGCUAUAGCAACACGCUUUCGCCAACUCACUGAGCGGAGUUCUGGAUUUGCGUGCUUUUAAAACUCAAAAUGGAGAACGUCUUCAUAGGUGCAGGAGGAGGAGGACUGUGGAAUAAUCCCAGACACCCACGGUACAACAAGGAGGCCGAGGAAUUGAAGAAAUUGAGGAAAGAUGAGGUGGACAUUAUAAACAUCAAGAGAAAAGAGAGCAUCAGAUCAACAACGCCUUUGUCGACUUCUGCUUCAGAAAAAUCUACUGCAAGUAAAUCUGACCAUCAAUGCAAGCCUAGAAGGACUGCGAAACGCACUGCUGAAGCUUGUCGAGCUGGGAAGAGCUACGAGAGGGAAAUGUUUCACCCUGGUCCCUUUCGAGAUAUGGAUGAUGAGAAGAGGAGGCUUCAGAAUUUCAUGGCAACGGGACGAUAUGAAGACCCUGGAAUGUCAAUAAAAACAAAAAAAGCUGAACGUUGCAAGCCGGAGGAAGCGCAGAAGCCCGACCCCUAUGAGGAAGUUUUAAAUGAAAUAGAAGAAAGGAAACAGUUUCUAGAAGAUAUGGCAGCUUUGGGCCAGGACCAGGACUCCUUCAUUGUCAAAUCUCAGAUACAAGAGAAGCUUCAUGAGCUGGAGGCUUUGGAAAAGGACCGCAAGUCCAAGGAGAAAACAGACAAGUGAACAUCACUUCAGGGAUAACGAGCACCGACGAGACAGGUCUGCGAAGAACGUUUCAAACUGCUGUCUGGCUCAUGUUUCAAGUGGAAAAAAACCACAAAAAAAACCCCAAACUGGAUAAAUAAAUUCGGUUUAUUCUUCACCCUA